UGAGGGCGGGCGGUCCAAGAUGGCGCAGACCGUGAGCGUUGGGGAGCUGGGGCUGCCCCAACUGGAGCUGCUCAAGGGGCAGCUGGAGCAGGAGGUGGAGUUCCUGUCCUCGUCCCUGGCCCAGCUCAAGGUGGUGCAGACCAAGUUCGUGGAGGCCAAGGAGUGCCUGAACGUCCUGCACAAAGGCAACGAGGGGAAGGAUCUCCUGGUGCCUCUCACCAGCUCCAUGUACGUGCCCGGCAAGCUCCAGGACGUGCGGACGGUGCUGGUGGACGUCGGCACCGGUUACUACGUGGAGAAGUCUGCCGACGACGCCCGGGCGUUUUUCAAGCGGAAGAUCGAGUUCCUGACGCGGCAGAUGGAGAAGAUCCAGCCGGCCCUGCAGGAGAAGCACGCCAUGAAACAGGCCGUGCUGGAGAUGAUGACGCAGAAGCUGCAGCAGCUGACGGCGGCCCAGGGGGUCCCGGGGGGGGCCAAGGCGUAGCCCCCCACCCCAAA